CUCAAAGGCAUGGUCAAGGGCUAUGUUGUUUAGCACUCGGAGGCAAUAAUCGGAGUUGAAGUCUCGGGAGUUGGUAAUCCAUCCCUUUUUGCAAUAGGUGGAUACUCCUUGACGGCCUAGAUGAAACCAUUCGGAGAGAUUUUGGGUGUUGAAUCCGAAGGUUUUGCCGGCUACUACGGAGGUAAUGGAAGGGUCUUGGGGAUGGUAUUUCAUCGAAGAGUAAAAUUGAUGAACAAGUUCCGGGUAAACGGGGGCUUGGAGGUGAAGAAAGAAACUCCAACCUUGUUCUUGAAUGAGUUCAAGAACAGGAACUGGGAUGUCAUCUUGUUUAAGGGUUCUCCUCUCAAUGAUAUGUGGGUCGGCGUAAGCCUUGAACCCGACUUGAGUAUCGACUUGAACGUCGGAAACAAUUUCACUCAUUUUGGUAGAAAAUUGAGAGGGAAUGAGUUUGAGCGAAAAAUGAUUUGGAAAUUGGAUAUCUUGAUCGGAAAUGUCAGAGACAAAGAUUGCAAAAAGCACAAUCUGGACAACGUCGCCAAAGCAGCCAUCUUCAAGACACUUGAUCCCAUCACCUUCUCCAAGAUCAAGCAUCUUAAGACUGCCAUGGAGAUAUGGCAAGUUCUUGGGAAGCUAUGUGAGGGAUCAGAGGACCUGAGGAAGCAAAAGAUAGAAGUCCUGCUUGAGAAGUUCAAAAGCUUCAAAAUGCUUCCCGGAGAAUCAUUUGAUAUGUUGGAUGAAAGAUUCCACAAAAUCUUAAAUGAUCUUGCAUCACUUAACCACGUCCUUUCUCCCAAGGAAAAGAAUGUAAGGUUACUGAGAUCACUUCCAACCGAGUGGUACACGAAAGCCACAGCCAUGGAAGAAGGAAGAAAUCUAGAAAACUACAUUGUCCAAUGUCUCCUUGAUGAGCUCAGAACCUAUGAGCACAAGCUGAAGAAGAAGAAGAAGGAAGAACAAGUCACUCCCUUCCCUACGGCAUUGAUGACAACUCCAAGAGUCCCAUCAAGAGAAGGGACAUGCCCUAGGAAUAGCGACACACCUUCCUCCAGCCAGCCGUCAAGCUCAAAAAUGGAGAACUACGAUGAGGAAUUUUCCAUGAUGGUCAAACAAUUCCGGAAGUUCAAGAAGUUCUUCAAGAAGGCUGACUCAGUCAGAAGGCCAUCCAAGGGAAAGCCACAUGUAAGUGACUCUCCUCCUGAAUCUUAUUUGUGUUAUAACUGCAGGAAGCCUGGGCACUGGAAGUCAGCAUGCCCGUACCCAAAGGUGGAGAAGUACGGAGAAAGAGAAAGGAACAAGAAGAAGAAGAAGAAGAAGAAGAAGAAGAAGAAGAAGAAGAAGGCAAUGGUUGCUGCUGAAAGUGAGGAGUCAUCCAGCUCAAGCUCAGAUGAAGAAGCCCUCGUCUGCAUGGAACGCAGAGUUGAGAAGUCCAACCAUGAGGAUAGGUGGACUAUGUCUGAAGAUGACACUCUCUGCCUAAUGGCCAAAGAUGAUGCUGAUCAAGAGGUAACUUCACAAAUGCUUUUGGAACAAUCAAUUGGUGACACAGAGGAGAACAAACUAUUGAGUGAAGAGAAUCUCAAGUUGACUGAAGGUCGGAAAAGUCAACUGGAUGAGAUCACUCAACUCAAGACUGAAAAUGAAUCUCUAUCUAAAAAGGUUGUCGGCGCAAAUGUUCAUUUCCAGAAAUUAGAAGUCAAAUGCUCUUCACCGGCGUUCUAUCAAAGCUAUCUGGAGAUGAUAGCCUCUCAAGAAUUCUCUGAAUUUUUUCAUAUGGAGAUCCACCUCAAAUAUGAAGAAGAAGAUCUUGAAUUCUACAGAAAUGGAGAGGUCAAGACUGCUCUUUCAAGGAAGGACCCACAGAGGACGUUUCCAGUCAUCAAGUCCACUACUGGAGCGAAGAAAGCAUACCUGAACAACGACUACAAACUCAUUCUGGAACUGGUCAUCGCAUGCCUCGAGUGUGGAAGUGGAGGUCAUGUUGAUGACAUCACUCAGGAGAGAGCCUUCAUCAUCAACGCCCUCAUUACCAAAUCUAAGGUAAACUGGGCUGCACAUUUCUUCAAAUCCAUCUCAAAGCAUCUCGGAAAGCCAAAUCAGAAAUAUCUUUGUCAAGGCCUGUACAUUGGACAUAUUUUAGAGUCUAUGGGAGCUGCAUCUGAAGGGAAGAAGUAUGGAGCCAGAUAUUGGCUAUACUACCUGUCUUCAAAAGGGGAAAACAGAGCUGGUGCUAGUGCUACUGUAGAGGAAAGCUCAUUAGACAAUGUCCCACUCAUCAAUUUGACAAAGACUGCUAAGAGCAAGCAAGUGGUGUCUCCCUCUCUCAGUGUUGAAGCACCACAGAACCUUGCUCUGCUCUACUAUGAUUGGAGAGCUUGGAAAGUUGAAAAUUCAGCAGAGCAACUGUUGGAUUGGGACCAACAACUGAAGAAUGAGAAGAUUAUCAAGAAAUGCCUAGGACUACCAGUCAACCAUAGCUGUGAAGAAAUCUUGGGUGACUACUGGGUAUGGCAAAGGAACUAUGAAGACCUGCAUCUGGAACACUUGGCCACCACACCAGUUUCAGAUUUUGAAGUAGAUGAUGAAGAUACUGCACUCUACAAGCCAAUCUUUUCAAAAUUCACAGAAGAUCAGGUGGUUCUCACUUCGGAAGCACAUGCUGACUUGGAAGCAGCAGCUGAGGAUUUCCAAAUAUUUUUGGAAACCUCACCUGCUUUUGAAACGAAUCUGACUGAAGCUGUCCAGGAGAAUGCAGCCUCUCCCCUACAAGAACAGAACCAGAAAAUAGCAGAAGAAGAAUUUCAGCAACUGAUCCAAUCUCAAGUUUUAGAGAUUCUCACACCUGCUUGUGAGAUCUCCAACCAACCUGAACUUGAGAUACCGGAGAAGUCAGCAGAAAUUCCGGAGCAAUCAACUCUUCCAGAAACAAAUGAAGAGGAACAAGCUGUAGAAGUCCAAAGGAAUUCUGCAGAAGCUGAAAAGGAAGUUCAAACAGCAGCACUAGAGGCCUCUGAAACUCCAGUAGAAGUCUUUAAAGAGCAGAAUGAAGCUGAAGAAAGAGACUCCCUCUUUAUGCAUAUAUCAAACUUUGUGCUGGAUAAAGCAGAAGAAGAGUCUAAGAGCAUUGCUGAUGAAGAAGAUUUGCAAGAAGAUGCUAAAUCUCUUCCUAUGCAAAUUAUCCAAAGAACACCAUCUUCUCAUCAGAUCAUGAUGGAAGCACACCUCUACGCUCUACAUGAUUGCAUGUGGAUGGUGCUUGAGGAUGGACCCUUGAAAAUCCAAAUGGAGAAUCCUGAGAGGAAUCCAGCAACUACAGACGUAGUCCAAUACAUUCCAAAGCCCAAGGAAAAAUGGGAUGAUAGAGAUUGCAAAAAGCACAAUCUGGAUAACGUCGCCAAAGCAGCCAUCUUCAAGACACUUGACCCCAUCACCUUCUCCAAAAUAAAGCAUCUCAAGACUGCCAUGGAAAUAUGGCAAGGUCUUGGGAAGCUAUGUGAGGGUUCAGAGGACUUGAGAAAGCAGAAGAUAGAAGUCCUGCUUGAGAAGUUCAAAGGCUUCAAAAUGCUUCCCGGAGAAUCAUUUGAUAUGCUGGAUGAAAGAUUCCACAAAAUCUUGAAUGAUCUUGCAUCACUUAACCACGUUCUUUAUCCCAAAGAAAAGAAUGUAAGGUUGCUGAGAUCUCUUCCAACUGAGUGGUACACCAAAGCCACAGCCAUGGAAGAAGGAAGAAAUCUGGAGAACUACACUGUCCAAGGUCUUCUUGAUGAGCUCAGAACCUAUGAGCACGAACUGAAGAAGAAGAAGAAGGAAGAACAAGUCACUCCCUUCCCCACGACACUGAUGACAACUCCAAGAGUCCCAUCAAGUGAAGGGACAUGCUUAAGGAACUGUGACACACCCUCCUCCAGCCAGCCGAAGCCUGGCCACUGGAAGUCAGCAUGCCCAUACCCAAAGGUGGAGAAGUACGGAGAGAGAAAAAGGAACGAGAAGAAAAAGAAGGCAAUGGUUGCUGCUGAGAGUGACGAGUCAUCCAGCUCAAGCUCAGAUGAAGAAGCCCUCGUCUGCAUGGAGCGCAGAGUUGAAAAGUCCAACCAUGAGGAUAGGUGGACUAUGUCAGAAGAUGACACUCUCUGCCUAAUGGCCAAAGAUGAUGCUGAUCAAGAGGUAACCUCACAAACCUCCUGCUCAUCUUCUUAUGAAAGCAUACCAACUUCUGAAAAUCUUUUUGACCAGUUCAAAAAGAUGAUAGUAGAUUUUGAGGAAAUAAAUCUCAAACAUUCUUCCUUAACAGAGGAGAACAAACUAUUGAGUGAAGAGAAUCUCAAGUUGACUAAAGGUCGGAAAAGUCAACUGGAUGAGAUCACUCAACUCAAGACUGAAAAUGAAUCUCUCUCUGAAAAGGUGAAAUCCCUUAACAAAGAACUAGGGAUACUUAAGUUCAAAGAAGCAGUAGAUAAGCUUCUUGAAACGACCAAACAUAAGGGUCGUGAAGGACUUGGGUUUGACCCCUCCAGUUCCAAAAGAAAAGGGAGAACAACUUUCAUCCCUCCUAAACCUACUGCCAAACCAAAUAAGCAGAAAGGAAAGGAAAAGGAGAAUCCAACAGAAGUUCCCAAAGAGAAAAAUAAUAAAGGGGUUCGAACUCAUGUCCAACAGUACCCAGGUGUCUGGUACUUAGACAGUGGCUAUUCAAGACACAUGACGGGUGAUGCGAGCCUUUUGAGCAAUCUAAUUCCCUAUGAUGGUCCAAGAGUUACUUUUGGAGGACGCAAUGAUUUUGGUCUUACCAAAGGGCUAGGAAAUCUGGUGUACAAAGGACUAACCAUCCAAGCUGUAUCUUAUGUUGAAGGCCUCAAUUAUAACCUUCUUAGCAUAAGUCAGUUUUGUGAUAAAGGUUAUUCCUUGGAAUUCUGCAAGGACAUGGCAUCUCUCAAAAACAUAUCCACUAAUGAAGUUAUUCUCACUGGGAAGAGAAUCAGGAAUAUCUAUGAAGUAAUGUGGGACAAUGUCAAGGAAGCAUGUCUAAUCAGCAAAGACAAGGAUGAAGAAGUCAAUGAAGAAGAUAGAAUGAAGCCCACGGAAUUCAUUCCAUUCAGAAGUUUGCCUCUGAAGACUUCACAGAGAAAUCUGGAUUCAGACAAUGCUGAGCCUUCCGGAAAUUCUGGCCAGCCUUCCAAUAUUCCGGAUCUCUCAAUCUUGGUUUGUUGAGCUUUUGAUUUAAUUUUGAACAGUGUAAUUUGUAGUUUUAAAUUUUAUAGGAGGUACCAAUUUGUAAAUAAAAUCAUUUUAAAAGAUAUGAGAUUUUGCUAAAUUGGGACGGAGGGACUAUUAUAUGUAUUGGAUUUGAUUUUUGAAUUUAAUUUUUUCCUAUUGCCAAUGGAAAAUAACCGUUUCUUCUUUUUAUGAUGUUUUUGGCAAUAAUUAUUGCCAUGCAUCAUGGGUCGAAGUGUCGAACAUCUAUGGCCUCUCUGUUGAUAAUGUUAGAUUGUGCAGCUCUAGACCCUUAGAUCCUAACGGAGUUGGGAUUAAAUAUGGGUUUGCUUU